CCGCCACAGUUGCAAAAUGCCGGUUGAUCCACAGUUUAUUUUUCCUAAAGCACUUGAUUUGAUGCAAGUAAUGUCCUCCAAAAAGCUAAUACAGCUUCGCCUAUACUAGUCGUGAUGCUUUCAACGGUAGUAGACCACGCGGUGGCCAAGAGGUUCCGCUUGAUCUUUGGUAUUCUUUACCAUGGUUGCAGGAUUUCUUGAGCACGGCAAUAAACGCAUCGCCCUGGUUGCAUUAAGAGACUCGCUCUCUAAAUGCUUAUGCAAUGUCCACUUUAGCACAACACAAAGUGACCAAAGGCUCCGCUGUUUCACCCAUCUUCUACCAUGGUGGCCGAGCCGUGCAGAAAGACCAUGUCUCCCACGCUUCCAAUGGUUGGUCAUUCUUGCUGUUAUUUAUUACCCUCUGCGUUCUUUUCGCGCCAGUUCUUGAAGGAUAUCUUGUCGUGGACCCAGCUCGUGGUUUUGUCUGGUGCCGCGGCACUCCCUUGCUUGCGCGAGGCUAAUGACCGAGAGGGUGCGGCCGACUCGGUCCGCAUUGUAUUUGUGAGCAGAGCUGUAUUCAGCAGGGUCAGGUUUCUAAUCCCAACUUAAACCUAACUAUAUAUGACUCGAUUUGUAAAGGACCUCCGGAGUAUAUUUUUAGGGUUCUGGUUCUAGGUAUUGAGGGUAUAUCCUCGAAUUUGAUAGGCAGCUGAGCACAUCCAAUGGCUCCCGUCACGCAAUCGCGGAUGUGAGGCAGGCACCCUCCGUCCACUAGGUACGCAAGGUUUGAGUUUUGCCUGCCUUGAAAUGAGAUAUCGGCACCGGUUAAGAGCAUGGUGGGAACGAUUAGUGUACGAGUUGACAACAACAGAUACGAUCCAACAUGUCCCACGUCAGCGUACUGGACAUUCACCAGCUGCGAGUGCAAAGGGGAAUUUGAACGCCAUUCCAGGUGCAGCAAAACCGAAGGACAAUAUCCCUAAAAUCCGAAUCAAAGCUUCGCAAGUUUCACCCGUAGAUGUCAAUGACGAUUCCUCGGCCAAAAGCGUCGAGCAAGGCAGCAACGCCGAUGCUAACCUUACUGAUGCCAACGUCACCUUCCUCGAUGUCACAUCCCUGGAAAGUGAUCGUUCGCUUCUACGACGUUAUAUGAACCCUUUUACCCUUCACUUCCAUCAUACACGUACUGAAGAGCACUACUUCCGCACACAACUUCUUCCCAACCGAGUUCUUCACCUCCGAUUACUGGCGUUCCUUCAACUGUUGCAAUACACGGGUAUCAUGUUUCCGACCUAUCGAACCGAGUACGCGAAAUUUGAACGGAAUGGCCAACGAUUUACGAGAGGAUUCAUACUGUUGUGGGUUAUUUACACCCUGAGUUGGAUGUUCAUUUUAUUUGCGACAGUGUGGAAGAGAGGGAAAGUUUACAUCUGGCUGUCUUUGAGAUCAAAGACUUGGCGUAUUGCAUUGACUGCACUGGAGACGUUUGCCGUAUGCGCCGGGGCUGCCUGGGACUUUUACCUUGCACCAGAUGCUGCGGAUCCAGUUGGGCCGGUGUCAACAAUAUCAAUUUUAUAUUUCACCAUAUCGAGCGGAUUUGCAGCGACAUAUCUGCAAGGAGUGGCUGGUCUGUUUGCGGUCAGCAUACUGUGCACUGUGAAGCUAGCUUUUGUAGCGCUUGCUCACGGUGCCUACCCGGCUGUAAUCUAUGCCGUACCCUUUCUAAUAACUGCCAUAGUGUCCUAUGGCCUAGUUGUUGCCGGAGAUCGAAAGCGUCGAAUAGGGCGGCCUCCUUCUCUCCCUUUCCAGAUACAUCAAAUGCCAGGUUGUAGAAGACCGUCUUGCGCAGAUGAGGCUUGAGCGCAUGAAGACAGACUACCUUCUCUCCUUAUCACUUCCGAAGUCAAUUGUGGCCAAACUACGAGAGUCUGGAAUAGGAAGAUCUGAUCUGAUCGCAGAGAGAUUCCCUCAAGCUUCCGUCAUGUUUUGUGAUCUCAAGAACUUCAAAGAAGUAGCAUCCACAUUAGGGUCCACAAAAGACGCUUUGGCUCUUCUUAACGGGAUCUUCCAACAUGUGGACGAGGCGAUUGAAGAUUAUAGCGACGUGACCAAGAUAAAAACGAUUUCCACCAAAAUUCUCCUCGUAGGUGGACUGCAUAGAAGCAAUACCCAUCUGCGUCAGAUGCUCGACCUGGCACUUACCCUUCGGGAUUAUUUCAACAAUCCACAAUUAUACGACAUUGGGGAUGAACGCAUCUCUAUCAAACUGGACAUUGAAUUUGGUGUUGCACUAGGUCCACUGGUUGCUGGAAUUGUUGGACGCAAAAAGUUUGUUUACGAGAUCUAUGGAGACGUUGUAAAUACAGCUAGCAGAAUGUGCUCUCUUGCACAUGAGCAGGAGAUCAUUGUGACCGAAAAUGUGCAACAGAAAAUAGUUGGGGUUUUCGAAACAGUCUCACUUGGAACUCGCCCUGUCAAAGGAAAAGGAGUCAUACCAAUAUAUUCUGUAACUGGACCGGUUGAAACUGCAGAGCUGUCGGCCUCCCGACGAUACUCUCGAAAGUCCAGUUUUACGCCUAGCGCUUUAGAAGGAUUAGCGUCUCGGUUUGGGUCCGUGGCACGGAUCGAUACCGCAAUUGUGAGUUCCGCCUAUGCAAGAGCACCUUUAUCUUCCGACGUGGAAGACAGCGUAAGCGGGCAACUACCCACAGUUAGCGAAGAGGGAGGAGUUGAAACUCGAUCGGGGUUCGGCUUUCCUAAUUCAACAGGGCAUGCCGGGACAUCCAAGAUACUUUUGGAUAGAUACUUGAGCGUUGGUUCAGCAGGGCUCGCAUUGGGAGGCGGAAUGGACGCUCAUCAUCCAGCCAAGGUAGCUAUGGGGGUAGCAACACUAGGGAGUCCGUUGACAGUGGCGAAAACAGGUCGAACAAACGUUAGCCAUGUGGAGAGAGAAUUUGGUACCCUGACUGCCAAGCCGCAUUCUGAGCCAACCCGUGAAGCGGAACCUCACGAACCAAGUAUUCUCGCAACGAUGCGAGAGGUAGCCAGUCCAAGCAAUGUAAAGCCAGCAGCUGAGGACGAAACGGGUCACAAUCCUGAGGCAAAGGAAGUACUGGUGGAUGUAGUACAGCGAAUGUGCGCCAAAAUUGAUAUAUCAACUGCUACGGGCCUCAGUUACAUGAAUAUUGUUUAUAACGAAUUCGACCCACUUGGAGUACGCUUCAAACAUCCUCUGAUUGAAAAUCGGUUCCGAGGAGACUUCACGGCAGACACACGCGGCCCGUUUGUGAGAGCUGGUUCCAUAGUGCUCUUAUGCGAAAUAUUAUUCUACUUUAUGGGGAUAUAUAACGCCAUUAAAAAUGGCGUUCAGCUAGUUGACACGCCUGAAACCUACUAUCUGAUUCUCGGAUGUGGAGUCGCCAGCGUUGGGCUUCAGCUGCUGGUAACCGGAGUGUCAGUGUUCGCGGUGGCAGAAACGUCGGCACCUUCACGAAGAUUUGUGCCCCGCCAGAUUAUUUUCUGGAUAUACGUCUGCACCAUCUGGAUUACGAUAAUCUGCAUUACUUUGCCUUGGAGUCAGCUUGGACAUUAUGACUUUAUGACUGGUUGCGUCAUACCACACAUUGCAUUCUUUUUCUGCAUGCGAAUUGAGGGGAUGAUAUUCCUUUGGCGAACCAUUGCGGCUUCCCUUGUUGGACCUACUGUCGUGAUCAUGCAGCUAGCUCUUGGCCAAGCCGUGUGGCAGGAAGCUGCAUGUAUGGUCCUCAGUGGAUGUACAUGGGUUGCGAUUUUCUACUUGAUGGAGAAGCGACGGAGGGUGGAUUAUCUCAUCGAUUUGAUAUUGGAUACGCAGGGAGAACUUGUUGCAGACGAAAUCAACAAGAGUGCAGCAGUUCUGCAUAGCAUAUUACCGCAGGCGGUGAUUUUGAAGCUAUUAGAGGAUCCGACAAGUAUUGUCUAUGAGGAGAUGGACAUGGUGACGGUUUUACAUAUGGACAUUGCAGGCUUCACAGCCAUGUCGAGUAAUCUAGAACCCUUGACUAUCGUUAAAAUGCUCAACACACUUUUCACUUACUUUGAUCAUCUCACCGAAGAGUAUGGCGUGGAAAAGAUAACGACUAUAGGAGAUGCGUACGUUGCUUGCUCAUCGCUAACAACAUCGGCAGAGCCCAAAACUGGAGCCCUGUCAAUAUGCUUGGUCGCAUUGCAAAUGCAAGCAUACGUUGAACAGCAGCUAAAUACAAGUGCAAUUGUGAUGCAAAUCAUAAAAAGUCCAUUGAAGAUGCGAAUCGGCAUACAUACAGGUCAAGCCUGCGGUGCGAUUAUGGGUGGACCAAAGAACUUUCGGUAUGAUGUUAUCGGAGAUACCGUGGUAAUCGCUGAAAAGACCCAAGAGCGCUGUCCCGUUGGUGACGUUAGCAUCACUGCUUCUACAUAUGCCUGCGUGAAAGAUUAUCACGGAUUCAGCUUCAUUCCGCAGAAAAGUGAUGGUCUCCCCAGUAGUCAACGCAGCUAUGUGCUGAAAGCAUCUGAUGAACGCAUCGUCAGCACUACGGCCGAUUACGACAACCCACCUACCACACCCACACAAGGGUCUAAAGCAUCGUUCAGCGCAGGAACCUCGCGGCCUUCAAGCGGAGCCCUUGGUAUGGCGCUUCGGACUGGACCAAUAUCUGGGUUGGGGCGAGGGGCUCCUCUACUUGGAAGACCGCCUUCAAGGCAGAGUUUUAGCAUGAGAAAGGGCAGCAUUGUCCCGGAGGAAAUCAAUGGACUGGAGGGUAUGAGAAGCUCUAAUACUGGGUCGUUUGUUAAGAAUUUCUUUGGGAAAACGGAGGAGCAGGACGAAAAUGAGGGUUUAGAUUUGGAAUCUAGAGGAGUAAAGCAGGACUUGGGCCAGUGACGUUGGGAUUUUUUUUUUUUGUAUAGUAUUUAAGAAUGAUACCUCGAUAG